UGAGGAUGUGGAGAAACAUGUCUCCCUGUUUGGCUUCUCCUGUGGAUCAAAUCCUUCCUCUUCUUGCUCACAUUUCAUCCGUUUGAACUGCGACUUUAAGGACCCUUUCAAAAACUCCGUAAAUCCAGCUUUACUUCUACUACAAUGUCCCAAAACAGAUGCGUGGAAAACUUGGAGGCAUGCUGCAGGUUGAAGGCGGUGAAAGUGCGAGACAGCUGAACCAGAUGGACACAAGCCUGACAGCACACUGGAGACUCUCUGUGUUGCUGAAUGGGUGACGAGAUCCAGUCACCUCACCUGUGAAUACCAUCGCAUCGUGCAGGAAAAGUGGCAGUGAUGUACCAGGAGGUGGCCUUCCUGGCAGGUAGCUCCGAGCACCAGUUCACCACCUUCCACUUCAAACCCGUGGAGAACCCCAAGGAGGUUCUAUCCAAAAAGGGUUUGUUCUACAAGCGGGCCCAGCUGCUGCUCCAGCCUCAGCCUCGCCAGCAGGAUGCAGGGGAGAUCGGCUUGGCUGACGGGGCGGCCAUUAUCAACGUCGGUGGGAUCAAGUACCGGAUCCCCUGGUCCACACUGGACGAGUUCCCCUUGACCCGGCUGGGGAAGCUGCGCAGCUGCAGCAACGAGGACGAGAUCAUGGACCUGUGCGACGACUACGACAGCAGCCGCAACGAGUACUUCUUCGACCGGAGUCCGUCGGCUUUCCGCACCAUCGUGUCUUUCUUAGCGGCAGGGAAGCUGAGGCUGCUGAGGGAGAUGUGCGCCCUUUCCUUCCAGGAGGAGCUGCUGUACUGGGGGGUGGAGGAGAAUAACCUGGACUGGUGCUGCCUCAGGAAGCUUCGGCUUAGGCAGGAGGAGUACAAGGAGCAGCAGAGGCUGGAGGAGGAAGAGGAGGCCGCGCUAACGACGCCGCAGUCCUGCGAGGAGAGUCCGCAACCGCCUGAGAUGGAGGCUCCAGAAGAGACUCAAACUGGGGGAUGCAUGAAGAGAUUAAGGGACAUGGUGGAGAACCCGCACUCCGGUCUGCCCGGGAAGAUCUUCGCCUGCUUGUCGGUUAUCUUUGUCGCCAUCACCGCUGUGACGCUGUGUGUCAGCACCAUGCCCGACCUCAGGGAGGAGGAGGAGAGGGGUGAGUGCUCCCAGAGGUGCUACAACAUCUUCGUGCUGGAGACGGUGUGUGUCGCCUGGUUCUCCCUGGAGUUCCUUCUGCGUUUCAUCCAGACGCAGAGCAAGUGGACGUUUCUGCGCACGCCUCUGAACCUAAUCGACGUGCUGGCCAUCCUCCCCUACUACAUCACCCUCAUCGUGGACUCUCUGUCGGUAGGGGGGAAAUCAACGGGCUCAGGGAACAACUACCUGGAGAAGGUGGGGUUAGUCCUCCGAGUGCUGCGAGCCCUACGGAUCUUUUACGUGAUGCGCUUGGCCCGGCACUCCUUAGGCCUGCAGACACUCGGACUCACGGUGAGGAGGUGCACGCGAGAGUUCGGACUUUUGCUGCUGUUCCUUUGCGUAGCCAUGGCUCUUUUCUCCCCGCUGGUGUUCCUGGCUGAGAGCGAGUUGGGUGCCAAGCAGGAGUUCACGAGCAUCCCCGGGAGCUACUGGUGGGCUGUGAUCUCCAUGACCACGGUGGGAUACGGCGACAUGGUUCCCAGGAGCAUCCCCGGACAAGUGGUGGCGCUCAGCAGCAUCUUGAGCGGCAUCCUCCUCAUGGCGUUCCCCGUCACGUCCAUCUUUCACACGUUCUCGCGCUCCUACGUGGAGCUCAAAGAGGAGCAGAACCGGGCGUCGAGGCAAAAACCGGACUCGCAGGACAGCACCAAAUCUCAGAACAGCGAGGACUCUCAGGAGACCGACAGCUACCACGGCAUUACGGAGGCGGCAGCCACAUCCCUGCAGCGGAGGAAGUCCAUGGCUGCACAGAGGGCGGCUGAGUUAAGAGCGAUGAAAACUUAGCUGCUCUGUUUGUGUUUCAUGUGGCAGCGCUGGGACUCCUAAAUUGACAAGCUGCAGGAUUGUGAGAGUUUUUCUUCUCGAGAGAUUGAGGUCUCGGCUUUGAUCGUGUGAAGCGCUUGUGCCCCCGAGUGUAUCUGAGUUUCUUAAGUUUUACAGAGGAGCUGCAAAGCACAAAUGUAACUUGUAAAGAUUGCAAACACAGUGUCAGACUCAUGAAUAAACAACCAGUCAAAUGAGAUCUCAAAAAAUGACAGUUCUGACUGACUGUGAUUCAGAUAAGUCUGGAGACCCAAAUCAUCCCACGUUGUUCUUCAGACCUCAGACUUAUCAUUUAUGUUCCUCACGUAGCUGCUUUUGAGAGGAUCGUCUGAAAUAAAGGUGUUUGCUGAGACUUCA